AGUCAUUUUAGAACGCUACUGAUGUAAGUGAAGUCUGUAUUCGUGCUUGAGGACGGGACCACUCUGUCUCUGGGGGAAGAGUGAGAAGAACCACUGUUUUCAUUCAGAGGAAUGACCAAGUAUGAGUAGGACUUUCAUCGGGCCAUUCAUUGAGCUAUUUAGAACCGUUUUACAUUUCUAGGAGUUGGAAACUUAAUAUACGAGAUGCAAGGAGCAGAGAGACUGAUCUUUCUGGGCUGGCUGCUGAAAGGUACCCUGUGUCAAGGUGGGGUGGAAGGAACAGACUGCACUAAUCCUCCUUGGAACACGUCAGUAUCAGUGAGUCCCUCUGGUCCAGUGAUAGAGGGCAGUGCAGUGACUCUGACCUGCAGUAGCGAUGCCAACCCACCAGUGAUCAGAUACUGCUGGUAUUCAGUGAGAGGUGGUAAUACCAGGGCUACAGGCUUUAGCCAGGUCCUGAAGACCAAAAUCUGGGCGGACAAUACCCACUUCUACUGCGAAGCCAAGAAUAUGUGUGGAACACAAAAUUCGACGAUCACUCAACUACAUGUGCUGUAUGGUCCUAAAACCAUGUCUGUGUCAGUCACCCCAUCUGGACCAGUGUUUGACGGUGCAAUGGUGAAUCUGACCUGCAGCAGCAAUGGCAACCCACCAGUAAGCAACUUCACCUGGUACAGUGUGAAGGGAGACCAGGUGGUACUGGUUGGGGUUAAGAAGAGGCAAGAGACCAUGGUGUCUGCAGAAGUCCACCAGUUUUACUGUGAGGGCAGAAACGACCAUGGAGAACAGAACUCACCCAUGAUAGAAGUGGUCGUACUCUAUCCUCCUUGGAACACGUCAGUAUCAGUGAGUCCCUCUGGUCCAGUGUUGAAGGGCAGUUCAGUGACUCUGACCUGCAGUAGCGAUGCCAACCCACCAGUGUCCAGCUACUGCUGGUACUCAGUGGACAAGAGCAAAACACGCACUGUAAUAGGAUCUGAACAGAACCUCACAGUAGCUAAUGUUAAUGGUAGUACACAGUACUACUGUAAAGCUAAGAAUCAACACGGAUCGGACAACUCAACAUUGCUCCAGCUCGACAUUCAGUAUCCUCCUUGGAACACGUCAGUAUCAGUGAGUCCCUCUGGUCCAGUGUUAGAGGGCAGUGCAGUGACUCCUGACCUGCAGUAG